AUGGGUUUUUCUAUCUUUCUUUCUUUCUUUCUUUCUUUCUUUCUUCUUCUUCUUCUUCUUCUUCUUCUUAUUAUUAUUAUUUCUUCUUCGUCAUCAGGAACUCAUUUUCUGAUAUUUAUAUUUUCUCAUUUUUCCUAUUUCUGUUUUAUUUCUUUUUUCUCUCUUUUUGCUUUUUCUUUCUUUUUUCAAACUCCUCCUUCUUUUUUAUGUAUAUCUCACUUUUCCCCUUUCUUUCUUUUUCCCCUUUAUUCUUUUUCUAUUUUAUUUCUUUUUUCCAAACCCUUCUUUUUCAGUAUUUCUCUUUCUUUUCCCACCCCCUUAUUUUUUUUUUAUUCUGUUUCUUUUUUCCAAUUCUUUCUUCUCCUUCAUCUGUAUGUCUUUCUUUUCUUAUUCUUCUCUAUGUGUGAUUUCUAUCCUUUCCUAUUUUUCUUUUUCCAAUUUUUUCUUCAUCUUAUUUCUCUCUUUUUCUAUUUUGUUUUUUUUUUGCUUCUUUUUUCUUUCUCUCUCAACACUCUUUUCAUUCUGUUUUUUUUUUUUUUUUUUAACCUUCUUCCCAUCUGGUUUGAACUUUUCUUUUUUUCUUCUUCAGCUUCUUCUUCUUCUUUAUUCUUCUUCCCUCUUUGCCUUCUCCUCAUUCUAUGA